AUGAUUGCUAAGGAGGACUGUGGAUCAAAAUUGGUUAUUGUGAUGGUUGGUUUACCUGCUACCGGGAAAUCCUUUAUUACAAAUAAAUUAUCUAGAUACCUUAAUUAUGCCCUUUACUAUUGUAAAGUAUUCAAUGUUGGAAAUACUAGAAGGAGGUAUGCAAAGGAACAUAAUCUAACAGAUCAAGAUUCUAAUUUCUUUGAUCCAAAUAAUGUUAGUUUUGGAAAAUUAAGAGAAAAAUGGGCAUUAGAUACUUUAGAUGAAUUAUUAGACUAUUUAUUAGAUGGGACAGGAUCAGUGGGGAUAUUUGAUGCAACUAACACUACUAAAAAAAGAAGAAGAACCGUAUUAGAACAUAUUAGAAAAAGAAGUCAUGAUAUUAAGGUACUAUUUUUGGAAUCUAUCUGCACAAACAAAUCUGUCGUUGAGAAUAAUAUCCAUUUGAAGUUGUUUGGUCCUGACUACAAAGGUAAGGAUCCUGAAAAAUCUUUGAAGGAUUUCAAAGGUAGACUAUCAAACUAUCUAAAAGCAUAUGAACCAAUUGAAGAUGAGGAGAAUAUUCAAUAUAUAAAAAUGAUUGAUGUUGGAAAAAAAGUCAUCUCUUACAAAAUUGAAGGUUUCUUAGCUUCUCAAACAGUUUACUAUCUUUUGAAUUUCAAUUUAACUGAGCGCCAAAUAUGGAUAACAAGAAAUGGUGAAUCUGAAGAUAAUGUAUUGGGUAAACUAGGCGGGAACUCUCGACUAACAUCUAGAGGUAUUAGAUACGCAAAAGCAUUGUCCAUUUUUAUCCACCAACAACGUUAUAAAUUUUAUCAAGAGCAGAUAGAGAAAAGACAUCAUACAGGUGUAAUUAAAAGUAAAGAUGAUAUCGUUCAGAACCUAGAUGAAGGUGAUGAUGAAGUAGAAAGUGGUUUUUAUGUAUGGACAAGCAUGCGUACAAGAGCAAUUCAGACAGCUCAAUUUUUUAAUGAAGAAGAGUACCCAAUAAAGCAAAUGAAGAUGUUGGAUGAAUUAAAUGCAGGUGACUAUGAGGGUAUGACAUAUAAAGAAAUUUUGGACAAGUUUCCAAACGAAUUUAUGAAAAGGCAAAAAGAUAAAAUCCGUUAUAGAUAUCCAGGCAUUGCAGGUGAAUCAUAUAUGGAUGUGAUUAAUAGGUUAAGGCCAGUAAUUACUGAGUUAGAAAGAAUUGAAGAAAGUGCAUUGAUUGUAACUCACAGAGUAGUAGCAAGAGCCCUAUUAGGUUAUUUUAUGAAUUUAGAUAUUAAUAUUAUUUCCAAUUUAGAUGUUCCAUUGCACUGUGUUUAUUGUCUGGAACCUAAACCCUACGGUAUUACCUGGUCUCUGUGGGAAUAUAAUGACGAAACUAAUUCUUUCAGUGAAGUUCCACAAUCAGAUUUGAAUACAACCACUGUUCAAGAAAUGGGAUUGGUAGAUAAGGAAAGAAGACUUUCUGUUGUUCCAACAGCACCUCCCACUAGUGAUCUAAGAUCUAGUGAUUUUUUGAGAAGAAGAGUUAGUGUUAGUUUUUCUGGAAGUGGUGUUGAGAUUACAAAUAAACUAAAUCAAUCAAAUAAAGAUAGACCAUCGAUAUUAAGAUCAAAUACCACUGACUACAAAGAUCCAAGAGCUUAUAGAAAUAAUGGGGUAGUUUCUAAUUCUAUAUUAUUAAAUAACAAUUCUAAGGUGUCCAAUUCUUCAAUAUUACUAAGAAAGGCUACUGAAAAUAAUAGGAAUGGAGAACGUAAGAACACAGGUUUUCAUUCUAUGGAGAUGACAGAAUUAGCAAAAUUGAAUGAAAAAUUAGCUAAAUUGUCUGGUAAUAAUAAAAUUGACUUUGAGAAAUCACAAAAACCUAGCCAUAAGGAAGCAGAUUCUAAGGAUACUACAACUUAA